UGAGGCCGCGUGGGGCUGUAAUCCGGCCUCGCCCGCCCAGGCGGUCUGACUUCGCUUCACACCGCAGCGACACUGCCACCCCUCUCCCCGCUUCGCGGUGCGGCUCCCACUCCAGCCCGGCUUUCCCCUCCUCGCCCUCCAGUUCUGGGCGGAGGCGUCCAGGGGUGCCCCGUGGCUCCCCGCCACAGGUCUCAAGCUGGCGCGAUGAGGAGUGGCAGGGGGUGACCCUGCGCUCCUAGCCGCCGCGGGCGCGGACCCCAGGAUUUGAAGUUGCGAGAAGCCGCCGCCACCUCCCGGGCGCUGAGCACUGCGCGGCGGCGGGAUCUACGCCUCCAGGAGCUGCCCAGCUCUCCCUCUAGGGGUGCAGAGCGAGCACGCGAGGUGGGCUGGCCAGACCCCGCGGCUGGCACCGACCUCCGCGCCCCUUCCUCCGACGCCCGCACCCACGCGCCCGGGGCGCAGACUCCCAGCGCCUUCCUUCCCGCGGAGAUCCCUGCAGAAUCUCCGGGAAAGACAGACAGACGGACGGGGAGAGCACUCGGAGGGAAAGUUGUUCCUCCCAGUCUCCUGUCAGGCAAUUACAGGCGAGCCCGAGCUGGGAGAGGGGCGGGAUGAAGCGAGGGAAGGGCUCUGGAGUGGGGGGAAGGCCGCAGGAGGGGAGGAGGGGGUGCAGUUGGUGAAACUCCUCUGUCUCCCGCUCAUCUUUUCAUUGCUCGUUCCUCUCCUUCCCGCAGACACCCGGACCUCCCCUGGGCGCCAGCUCCGCGGCUCCAACGGGUCCAGAAACAAGCCGGAUUUUUUUUUUUUCUUCCUGGAAAUUGGCUUUGGUGUGUGUUGCACUACCUCCCUCCUCCCCCUCCCACCCACAGCCCCCUUUUUUUUUUUUUUUUUUUUUUUUUUUUUUUUUUUUGAGACAUGGCCCGGGCAGUGGCUCCUGGAAGAGGAACAAGUGUGGGAAAAGGGAGAGGAAGCCGGAGCUAAAUGACAGGAUGCAGGCGACUUGAGACACAAAAAGAGAAGCGUUCCUCUCGGAUCCAGGCAUUGCCUCCCUGCUUUCCUUUCUCCAAGACGGGCUGAGGAUUGCACAGCUCUAGGCGGAGUUGGGGCUCUUCGGAUCGCUUGGAUUCCCCUCUUUGCUGCAUUUCCCCCCACGUCCUCGUUCUCCCGCGUCUGCCUGCGGACCCGGCGAAGGGAGAAUGGAGAAGGGGCUGCCGCUCCUCUGCGCCGCGCUCGCCCUAGCCCUCGCCCCGGCCGGCGCUUUUCGCAACGAUAAAUGUGGCGAUACUAUAAAAAUUGAAAGCCCCGGGUACCUUACAUCUCCUGGUUAUCCUCAUUCUUAUCACCCAAGUGAAAAAUGUGAAUGGCUGAUUCAGGCUCCGGACCCAUACCAGAGAAUUAUGAUCAACUUCAACCCUCACUUCGAUUUGGAGGACAGAGAUUGCAAGUAAGUGGGAAUGUGUUUGAACAGGGCACCACAGCACCAUCUAGUGGUCACGCCUGUCUACGGGGGGGAGUCAGUGUGUAC